GCGAUGAUUGGUUGGUGCUAAAAAAGGGCGGGGCUAAAGCAGCGCGCGAAGACUCGAAGAGGUUCAUUAGGCGGCACAGGCCGGGCCGGGUCAUGGCGGCUCCCGUUGAGCUCCAAGCAGAAGAGCUGGAUGUGGCUGCGCUGAAGGCCCAGGGCAGGGACACAGACAGCGGGCAGGGCAGCACUGAGCCCCCAUCACCAGCCAUCAACACCACGUCACUGCAGGAUGGAGAUUCAGAAGAAGAGAUUUUUGUAAGUAGAAAAGCAAAAGGCAAGAAGGUGCUUCAGGACAGUGAAAGCGAAGAUGGGGAGGACAGUGACUCUUCUGUGCAGAAGGAAUCUCAGAGUGGAGACAGAGAAAAUGGAGAGGAAAAGGAGGAUGUUAUUGCCCAGAGAAACAAGAAAUCCCGGAUUCGGCAGGCUGUGCUGGACAGCGAUGGCAGUGACAAUGAGGAUCAUUUGCAAACUGAUAAUCUUGACACAAGCAAGAAGUCUGACUUGCCUGAGAAUGAGCUGGAAGAGGAGAAACAGCUGAAGUCUGGGAAAAAAUCCAGAAAGCAUAAACAUGGUUUUGAAGGUGAAGCAGCUGAAAAAGCUGUGGGGAAACCCAGAAGAAGAAAAGAGAGGGAGAGAAGAGCUGAGUCCAUCAAACAGCUGAUAAAAGGAAAGAAGCCGAGCUCAGAGCAGGUGGAUGGUGGUGAGAGGAAUCCUUCAAACGACAGUGGGUGUCUUCUUGAUGACAAAGAACUUUUUGAUAAUGGCUUAGAAGAGGAAGAUGAUUCCUUCGCAGGGGACGAAGAGUCAAUAGAGUCAAUACGAGCUGCAGUGAAAGAGAAAAUAAAGAAGUACAAGAACAAAGAACGGUUUUCUGAGGAUGAAGGCUACAAACAUGUGUUUGAUGAUGAUAACGAGGAAUCUGCAUUAAAAGAACCGAAAAGGAAGGAGCGGAAAGCAGCAAAGUUGAGUAAGGAAGCCAUUAAACAGCUACACAGUGAGACCCAGCGACUCAUUAGAGAAUCAUCUGUGUCUCUCCCAUACCAUAUGCCUGAGGCCAAAAGUGUUUGUGAAUUCUACAAGCGUAGAUCCCGACCAGUGUAUGAAGGAAAUGCCAUGGCGUUACUGAAGUCCACUAAAUACCAGUUCACCCUGAAUGAAGAAGCUGAAGGCACGAAGACCUCAAGCACAGGUUGCAAAGACGGGCCAACAGAAGGUGGUCAGUCAGCAGCUAAUGAGCCAGAAGCAAAUCUUGGUGGAGAUGUUGAUACUGCUGCCAAGGAUCCUCGCCUUGGUGUAGGGCAGAACUUGACAGAAGACUGUGCUGAAAAGUCCAGGAAGAACAAUGAUGAUUCUCGUAGUGCUGUGACUGUAACAACUGCCAGUGAAACAGAAGAACUGCAAUCAGUCCUAAGCACUGAUUGCAGUGAACAGAAAGAGAGUGAGGUUCCUCUACCAUUUGAAGGCAAUGCUCUGGAGCAAAGAGGUGAAACAGCAUCAGGCCUGGAAAACAACCAACAAGUGAGGCCUGAAUCAACAGCACAGCCUGAAAAAGUGAAGAAGUCCAAACUGGAUAAACUCCGUGAGCUGGGAAUUGAUUUGACCAUCAAGCCAAGAAUCUGCUCUGGCAAUGAAUCUUUUAUAAACCUCGAUGAAUCUGAUAUGAAUAAAGAAUUAGAAGCCUUGAAGGCGCGUUUCCUGAAGCACACCCUUCAAACAUCGAAACCCAAAGCAGAACGGACCAUAAACAUGAACAUUAUUCGUAAGGAAACCACAUCGGAAGGAAAGGAGGAACUAAAAGCAGACGUGGUGCCAGCGGUUUUAGCUGCAGAGAGCCUGGAUGAAGCAGCCCUCACAAAGCCAGGUGAAAAGCUGCAAGUGCUGAAGGCAAAACUCCAGGAGGCCAUGAAACUCCGCAGGAGUGAGGAGCGCCAAAAACGGCAAGCACUGUUCAAACUGGAUAAUGAGGAGCUGCUGGAGGAGGAGGAGGAGGAGGAGGAAGAGAUGACAGAUGAGUCUGAGGAAGAGGAGGAAGGUGAUCAUGAGGCUGUGGAAUUUCUGCUCGACGAGGCAGAGGAAGACAAUGAAGAUUUGGAAGAGAAACAAGUUGAGGACGGCGAUAAAGAAACUGACAGAGAGUCAACUGAUGGAGAAAAGGUGGAGCAAUCUGUGGAUGGUGCUUCUGUUCCCAAACUGGCUUCAACAGAGUCUACACUGAUGCUCUUUAAGGACAGCUCCUCCAAAAUGGGGUACUCUCUUCAUGAUGAGAAACACGAUAGUGAAGAAGCUACAGACAAAGAACCUACCAAGUUAGAAGAUGAUGAUUCAUUUUCUCUACCAACACCAGCAAAAGAGAAUAGCCAUAACAGCAGCUUUGAGUUUAUUGGCUCCAUGAUUCCAUCGUAUCAGCCCUGUAACAAACAGGUGUCGCGUGGAGGGAGCUUUUUACCCGCAGCAGGAGGUUUCAGGUCACCUUCCCCAGGCUUUUUCAAAACAAGCUUUAUCAGCUCUGCUUCCAAGAGCUCCGGAAAGAUGUCAGAGCCCUCUCUUCCCAUAGAAGAUUCCCAGGACCUGUAUAAUGCAUCUCCUGAACCAAAGAGUUUAUUUCCAGGGGCUGGAGAAUCCCAGUUUCAAUUUUCUCUGGAAGAUGACACCCAGAGCCAGCUGCUUGAUGCAGAUGGGUUCUUGAAUGUUGGACAGCAUAGAAAUAAGUACCAGUCCUCAAAGCAUGGGCUGACUCUGGCCAGUAUGGAUGAGAACGCGAUGGAUGCAAACAUGGAUGAAUUAUUGGACUUGUGUUCUGGACAGUUUAGCAGUCAAGCCGAGCAUGUGCCAAGUACCAGCAGCAACAAGAAACAAAACAUGGAAGAGCUGCUCAAUCUUUGCUCUGGAAAAUUUGUGACUCAGACAGAUUCUCCCACAUGGGCAUCAUCUGUAUCUUCCAAGGCAGAGAAGGACAGUGACAUAGAAGACCCAAUGGCAGAAGCACUAGCACUUUGUUCAGGCUCCUUCCCCACAGACAGGGAGGUGGAGGAUGAGGAGCACGAGGAGCUUGGUGAUUUCCAGCUUGUAACAGACGACAAUGCAUUUGAUAGCGAAGAGGAUGAAAAGAGUGGAGAUAGUGAUGGUGAAGAAGCAGAAGUAAGUGAUGAAGAAGAAGUGCUGAGACGCAGAGAGGGCUCAAAGAAAAAACUCAAACUGGAGGAUUUCAUGGAAGAUGAAGCAGAACUGUCAGGGAGUGACGUGGGAAGUGAAGAUGAAUAUGAUGGAGAAGACCUGAAUGAAUACGAAGAAGAUAUUAUUGACGAAGAACUCCCUAAUGAAGCGGAAUUAGAAAGUCAAGUACAGAAGUUACACAUGAAAGCAGUGCUUGAUGAUGACAAGCGUCAGUUACGCUUGUACCAAGAGAGGUACCUCAUUGAUGGUGACCUUCACAGCGAUGGCCCUGGCAGAAUGAGAAGGUUCAGAUGGAAAAACAUAGAUGAUGCUUCCCAGAUGGACUUGUUUCAGAGGGAUUCUGAUAAUGAAGAUGAAAAUGAACAGUUUGAUGAAACAGAAGUAAAAUGGAGGAAAGAGAGGUUUGAACGAGAGCAGUGGCUUCGUGAGCAGAAGGAAAAAAAUAAAGAGCAGGAGGAGGAAGAGGAGGAGGAAGACAUCGGUGAGGACAGUCAGUUCAUGAAACUAGCCAAAAAAGUAACUGUGAAGUCCCUACAGAAGAAAGCAAGCCCUGCAGUAGUGGUACAAGAUGCAAAGCUAUUGCCCAGGAACCCAUUUGAAACAUUCAGACCUGCCCGUGACAUCCAGAUUAAAAACGGGUCUCUCUUGAAUAGACCCAAAGAUAUCCUUCAGAAACUAGCGGCAAUGUCAGAUCUUAAUCCAAACGCACCUCGGAACUCCAGGAAUUUUGUCUUCCACACACUUUCCCCAGACAAGAAUGAAGAGACAAAAGAGAAAUCAAAACAUCAGGUGAAGAAAAGAGGUCCUUCUGCAGCAAUAACAGCUCUUCCCAAACGACCCAGGGUUGACAGCACAGAGGAAACGAGUCAAAGCCGAAGCAUAUUCCAGUACUUGGAGAGCUGAAUGUUGUUGUGUAGGGCCAGAAGUUACAUCUUGUCUCUCUGUCAGUUGCAGGCUGAGCUGCAAAUCUCUGCCAGCAAUCAUCAGGAAGGUAAACAAACUGCUGUACGUUGUUCUUCCUGCUUUCUUCAUUCCAGUUCUUUCCAAGCAAUGGUCAGGUUUAUUCUCGUUCCACUCCAUGGCAAUUGGGAGCACAAAAUCCAUGCUUGGUUUGGAACGAAUGCAAGCUUGGUCUAAGCAUUAAGGAAACUUAACCACCAUGAGACUCUGUGAGGAUUGUAUACAUGUUCCAGUGUUACAUUUUCACCUGGAAGCAUCACUGUUGUGAUACAGAAAUGCUGCAUCAAAGCACAGAUAGGAAGUAUUUCUGCAGUUUUAGGUAAGAAGAAAGCAGUAUUAAUUACACUAGGGUUUAUGUUGUUUGCACUUAGUACUAAGGAGCCACAGCUUCCUUCAGUGUCUUAUUUUCUCUGUUAAGCAUUUAUUAGCUUCUUAACUUUGGAAGCUCUAAUUUACAUUUGUAAUUAAUUUAUGUUUCUUUUAAUAAGAAGGCCCCAGCCUGUUAUGAGGCAGUACGAUAGGAAUGCCUUUCACACCUUCUUUUCCUUUUCAUAUUCAUACACAUGCCAUAUGAGUAACAGAUGUGGGAGGGGAGAAGGAGGUGUGCAGGUUGGAGCUUUCAUUUCUGCUUUCUUCUGCCCAACUGAAAAGUGGUAUAAAUUAUCUCACCCCCCAUUUUCAUCCACGCUUUGCUCUUCCAUCACAAAUCACCCAUUUCUGAGCAGUGGGAAACGAAGAGCCCUCUCUGCAAGGAGGAUAUUAGAAUACAGAACCAUUACAGCUAUUCUGAAUAGCGUGAAAGGAACUAGAGGUGGAAGAUCCAGCAUUUCUGACCUUUCUGAGGGUAUGCCAAGCAUGUUUCAAUUAGAUGCCAUGUUAUGGUAGCACAGUGGCCUGCUCUGUAGGACUAGGAGACCAAUGUCUCACCCUGGGGUUGCUCACUAUCACAAUCGUGUACAUUUUGUAGCAUCUCAAUUAUAAGCCCAGUGUGCGACGUGUAAAAUAUUUGACUGUAUAUUGUGUUUAUAGAGAACUAUGGUACCAAUUGCAGUGCAAUUUUACAAUAAAACAGGUUUUUAAUGUACAGGAUUUUA